AUGGCUUGUAGAGGGCAAAUAAUUAAUGACUUGGAGAAUAGAUAUCAAAUAAGUACAUGUGAUAAAUUGAGUAAUGAUAGUUAUAAUAUAUAUGGAAGAUGUCUAGAUUCAAAAUUUCAUAAAUAUUUUAAAUUACCAAGAAAAUAUUUAUUUAUUCAUGGUGAAGUUUGUUGUGAGAAUGUUCCUAAUGCAAGUGGAAUUUGCCAAAAAGCUUGUAGAAAUGCUUUUUAUGGAAUUUCAAUGAAACCAUCCUUAAAAGAACAACAAUUGAAAAUGUUAUGUAAUACAGUAAAUUUUAGUGGUGAUGAAAAAAUUAUGAAAUGUACAAAAUACAUUCAAAGAAUAAAAUAA